AUGGAGCUCGAGGCUUUGCAGGCCAUCCUGAUGGACGACCUGCAAGAAUACGAAGGAAUGGUGCCAGAUGGUUGGGGCUCCCAUCAGGUCUACCGUGUUACCAUUGAUCCUCUGGAGGAAGGAGAGGAAGGGGAGAGCAACGUGAAGCUGGAAUUCAUCUUCAAUCACACAGACAAAUACCCGGAAGAGCCUCCAAACGUCAGAGUACGCAGUAUUUUUGGUCUGAGUAAAGAGGAUGUCCAGGAGAUUCAAGACCUUGUUCUUGAAGCUGUAGAUGAAAACAUGGGCAUGGCCAUGAUCUACACGCUGAUCACUUGUGCAAAAGAGUUGCUGAGAAACAAGGCCAACGUUCCUGAUGAGGUAAUUGAUGAGGCUGAAGCCAAGAAGCGUGCUGCAGAAGAAGAGGAGGCUAGGAGACAAGCCCAACGGUCAGCAGGGACACCCGUAACGCCGGAGAACUUUGCAGAAUGGAAGGCAAAAUUCGACAAUGAGAUGGCAGAGAAUGCUGCAAAGCUGAAAGAACAGAGUAAAAUCGCUGAGAAGAAGACAGGAACCACUGGAAAGCAGUGGUUCCUUCAAAGAGAAAGGGUUGAGGAAGAUGACCUUGGUAUCGACCUGCCCGAAGAAGACGAAUUUGAGGAUGAAGAGGAGGACGAUCAAUUGGAUGAUAUUGAUGCUGUGGACUAUGAUGAUGACGAUGAUGAUGAUGGAAUGCUGGAUGAAUACCUUGCAUCCAAGGGAGGUUGA